UGAAUAGUGGUGUAAAAACCUAUUUAUUAUUGUCUUAAGCAGAGUCAACGCCAACAAUAAGAAGAGAUAAAUGGCUCAUAACGAGGAGACGUUUUAAAUAAUAGUAUUGUUGUCUUUAAAAUGUGUUAGAACAAGAAGAGUUGAAUUAGCAGAAUUUCCAAAGAUGGACCAAGAGGAUAUGGAAGUGGAUAUGCAGGUACAUCAUGGUGGAAGACCUUAUGAAGAUUUAUCUGUACAAUCUAUUUCUAUGCAGACUAGAUCUUUUCCUGUAAACCUUCCUAGUAUAUUGCAACAAGAACCAGGGGCAGUUGUUAAUUUAGUUGAUGUUGCUGCAGAAGAAACUGUGGAAUAUGGCAUAUCCCAAACAAACAUGUCUGCCAAUUCCUCAUUACAUACACACAGAACUCAGGCUACACAGUCUCAGAAUGAAUCACAGAGAACUGUGGGGCAAGUGUUAAUGCAUUUGAUUGGACAGCCAGUGCCUGUUUCUCAUAGAUCACCACCACCACCACAACAGCAGCAGAGACGACGUUUGCCGAGGCGGAGCACUCCCACUCAACAAAGAAGUCAACAGCGUCUUGAAAGCUUCCUUCAAGUUAGGACUUCACAGGUGGGAGCCCCAGUGUCCAUUGAUUCCAUACAGCAGCCUGCUCUUGGUCAGUCCAGUUCCGAUGAAACUGUUGCAUUAAGUAGUGAAGAAAGCAGUGACACAGACGUGGAGGAGAUAGAUGAGAUACCUGUGGCAGCCAAUGUGGAAGUUGCCACUACAGAGAUUGAGGAAACUGGUGAAAGCACCUCUAUUCAUCUUCCAGAUAAUGAGAAUAUUGCUCAGGAACCUGUAGACCAACAGCGGAAACUUAGUCCACAAAAAAAGUCUGAUCCUGGUACUGUUGAUCCUUCUGGUAUAGCAUCUGAUGAAGAUGAGAAUGAUACUUGUACCAUCUGUUUUGAGCCAUGGACUAAUGCUGGAGGGCACCGUCUCUCAACACUACGGUGUGGACAUCUGUUUGGAUUUACUUGUAUUGACAGAUGGCUGAAAGGACAAGGAGGAAAGUGUCCACAGUGCAACAAGAAAGCCAAGAGAUCUGAUAUUGUGAUUCUGUAUGCCAGAACUCUAAAAGCACUGGAUACUAGUGAACAAGAAAAAAUGAAAAGUAACCUGGAGAAGGAGCAGAUGCUGCGUCGAAAGGCAGAACUGGAAUCUGCUCAGUGCCGUUUACAGUUGCAGGUUCUAACAGAAGAGUGCAACAAGUUGCGCAAACAGAUCCAGGAAUUGAAAGCACUGAUGUCACAGUAUGCAUCCAGCUCUUCCCAGCUGCCAUCUAGUUCUCGCUCUGGAUUUACUGGUGUUAUCAGCUCAAGCCAAACUCAACACAGAUACAAUUUUGAGAAAGCCGUUCUGGUGUCUCAGACAGGGAACUGCCGUGUUUUGUCUUACUGUGAUUCUAUGAGCUGUAUUGCAGUCUCUCAGCCAUCACCUCAACCUACACUUAUUCCAGGUUGCGGUAUAAAAAAGAUCAGUGCUGUAAAUAUGAAGAGCAGUCAGUAUGUAGCAAUCCAUGCUAAACAGAUCCGAGGCCUAGCGUUUAGUAACAGACCUGACAGCUUGCUACUCUCUGCAGCACUGGACAACACCAUCAAACUUACCAGUCUUAUGACAAAUACUGUAGUCCAGACAUACAAUGCAGGCCGACCUGUAUGGAGUUGCAACUGGUGCUUGGAUGAUACAAACUACAUUUAUGCAGGUCUGAUUAAUGGGUCAGUGUUGGUUUACGAUCUGAGGGACACCAGCACACAUGUGCAGGAAUUGCUGCCACAGGGAUCAAAGUGUCCUGUCGUGUCAUUGUCAUACCUUCCUCGGAUGGCAUCCGCAGCCUUCCCCUGUGGUGGUGUUUUAGCAGGUACAUUGGAAGGAGCGUGUUUCUGGGAGCAGAAGGCUUCAGAUAUUUAUCGUCCCCAUCUUUUGCCCCUUGAAUCUGGUGGAUGCACAGACAUUCAGCUGGAAAGCAACACAAGGCACUGUCUAGUAACAUAUCGUCCUAGCAAGACUCACAGUUCUCUCCGUUAUGUACUCAUGGAGCUUUCUAGUACCCGAUCGGCUGAGGCCAUGGAAGACCUCAUCUGUUCCUGCUACCCAGUGCAGACAUUCAGUGCUGGCCCAACUUGUAAACUGCUGACAAAGAAUGCCAUUUUUGAGAGCCCAGAUAAAGAUGGCAGCAUUUUAGUUUGUGCCGGAGAUGAAGCUUCCACAAGUGCUGUGUUAUGGGAUGCUGGAAGUGGCUUACAGCUGCAGAAGCUUCAGGCUGAUCAGCCUGUGCUGGACAUUUGCCCGUUUGAUGUAAACCAGAGUAGUUUUUUGGCAACACUUACUGAGAAGAUGGUAAAGAUCUAUAAAUGGGGCUGAGAAAAUCCUUUAUCUCUUUUGAUCUUUGAAAGAACCAAACUCCAGGAUGUUCACAUCAACAAGAUGGUUUUGUAGUCGAAUGUGACGUCACUUGUUCAAAGUAACACUGAGCUUUUACUGGCUUCUUCAUCACCUAUUUAUUUGUUGGUUGUAAAGGUGUGGCAUGCCAGCACAGAGGUUCAGAAGCUUUGCUGGAAAAAGUUCUGAGGAGCCAUUUGUUAACCGUAUUCAAAGCAUCAAGCCUUGUCAUGGUGCAGUUGCAAUGACAUGAAGAAUUGUUUUUGCAAACUUUGAUUGUCAACCUGUUUUAGCAAGUAUUAUUGUAAGGUAGCACAGUUUCCAUUUUCUGGAUCUGUCUAUGGACCACUAAACAUUUCUGAAUCAGUGCUAGAACAGAAAGGCAGACCUGCAAGUUUUACAGUUUAGAGAAGUGGUUGCCUAUAAGUGCAUUGACAAGCAGUUCUAGACUUAAUGCUCUUGUCAGCUUUUUGUGAGUAUAUCUGUUUUAUGUUGAAUCAGAAGAAUCUUGUUUGAUGAUUGCUGGUUGUGUCACACUGUUAUGUAAUGCAAGAAGAAGAAAGCUAGCCAACUGGCACAUUCCCUGUAUGUAGAGCAGAUGUAAGAAAGGUGUACAUAUAAAUGUGUAUGCCGUUCAUCACUUGACUUGAUUUACUUCUUUCCCUUUUAUGUACUAUGUCGUCUUCUGUUUUGCAGUCAUUUGACAUUUUAUUGAGACGUACAUAUGCCUUAUCCCUGGUAAGUCGAUUAGUUAAUUGAGUCACACUUAGUAGCACACAAACUGUGCAGCAUAUGAACUGUGUAAGGCAAAGGAAUACAUAGUUAACUGUUUUGAGAGGGGCCACUUAGGGAGACUUUAAAAUACAUUGUUCCUCUAAUAAGCAAUAAAAACAAAAUUAUUUAAUUGUUAAAUGUAAUAUCUCAUAUAUUUCUAUAUUUUCUAGACAAGGUGCAUCUUUGUUCUACUUUGUUUUCUGUGUCACCCUUACUGGGGUUUAACCAUUAUGUAUGGGACUUUUUGUGAGAGUAAUGCAUGAAAUAAAAGGCAUUCUGUUUCAUGUAUCUGUCCUGUUUCUUGCAUCUCCCAGUAUGUGUUGCUUAACCUGCCAUAUCUCACUACAUUACUAUUUCCAUCUUGAAGACUUCUUUCUCAUCUGCAUUGUGUUUGUGAAGUUGGUUUGUCUAGGACAACAAAAGGGCUCUGUGUUUGUGUUGAUGGUAGCUCACUUUGUCUGUUCAUAAUGUAUGGCAAAAUAUUUUAAACUUGUAAAUAAAAAUAAGAUUAAAGGGAUGUGAUUUGCUUCAGCACUUCUGUUCAAGCUUACAGGAUCUUUUUUUUUUUCUUUUUCAAACACGUUUAUUGUAUUAUCACUUGUGACAUAGGCAAAUUUACAUUCAUAUAAAAAUAAUCGAAUUAUAUUAACAAACAUACCUCACAUAUAAAGCUUACCAAUCUUAUACUGAA